CUUAAGCAUCCGUUCCUGCGCAGUGAGCACUGAACCGUCGACAUGACGCUGGCUAAGUCCGUCUACAAUCUGCUCUUCAGGAGGACGUCCACGUUUGCUGUAACCAUCAUGGUUGGAGCCGUCCUCUUUGAACGAGUAUUUGACCAAGGCGGCGACGCAAUCUUUGAGCAGCUUAAUCGCGGGAAACUGUGGAAACACAUUAAGCACAAUUAUGAAAAUAAAGACGAAGAAUAGGACGCUGGCCGGGGUUGUACACGGCUCGAUGGCAUAUGUUGUCACAUUUUCAUUAUCCAUUCUUCAUGGACUCCACACCUGAAUCACAUCAACACGGACUGGCUCAAGCCCAGGCUAUCGGCGGCUGCCAGAGGACCUGCGGGAGCUGACAGACGGUCCAGACCCCCGUGAAGAUGGAGCAGUGGUUCCUGUCACUUCGUCUCCUUCCUUGAUGUUAAUUGUAACGCCUUCGUUUUCCUCAUUGAUUGUAAAUUAAACAUGUAUUUGUCUAACAGA